GAGCUGCAGUGCCCGUGUGCAGGUCCAUGAGUUCCUCGAGCUUCUCACCGCAACAGCAGCUGUGGUAGCCUAACCACACACCAUUGAAGGAACGCGUGGGGAAGGACGACAGUGGGAAAACAAGGCAAUAAAGUGGAAAACACGUUUAAACCGACGGAUAAACCACUUUUCUGCUAUUUGGCACUCGUGGUAUUUGUUUCAGGGACGAGAAAAGGCUCGUUCCUCGGCUUUUCUCUGAUAAGAAAGCAAAAAGAAAGUUGAACGAGGAAUUUGUAAAUUCAGGAUGUUGGUGUGAAACAAAGGGGACUGAAGAACUGCUGUUUGAGUGGGUUAUACUACUCCGUUCUUUUCACCAGCUUUGGAUGGGAAAAUGGAAUCGGAGGGGCAGUGGUGGAAGGGUCAGCUUGCCGCAGACAUACACCAGUCUCUCCGCAUCAAGGAGCUGAAGCUGCCGGCGUACCGCGCCCACUCCCCCCAGAUCGCGAUGCGGCGCUACUUCGCCGACCUGCUGGCCAUCCUGAGCAACCGCUACCAGCUGUGCCCCACGGCGCGUCACCUGGCCGUCUACCUGCUGGACCUGUUCAUGGACCACUACGACGUGGCCGUCAAGCAGCUCUACGUCAUCGCCCUGUCCUGCCUGCUCCUGGCCAGUAAGUUUGAGGAGAAGGAGGACCGGGUUCCGAAGCUGGAGCAGCUGAACGCGCUGGGCUUCAUGUGCAGCCUGAACCUGGCGCUGAGCAAGCGGGACCUGACGCGCACCGAGCUGCUGCUGCUGGAGACCUUCGGCUGGAACCUGUGCAUGCCCACGCCCGCCCACUUCAUCGACUACUACCUCCAGGCCUGCGUGCGGGAGAGCGACCUGCACAACGGCUGGCCCCUCUCCUCCCUCUCCAAGACCAAAGCCUUCAUGGACAAGUACACACACUACUUCCUGGAGGUGUCUCUGCAAGACCAUGCCUUCCUGAGCUUCCGGCCGUCCCAGGUGGCAGCGGCCUGCAUCGCGGCCUCGCGGGUCUGCCUGCAGAUCUCCCCGAGCUGGACCACCGCCCUGCACCUGCUGACCGGCUACACCUGGGACCACCUGACCCAGUGCAUCCAGCUCAUGCUGCUCGCUCACGACAACGACGUGAAGGAGGCCAACAAGCCCAAAUCCACCCCCCCACCCGGCCCGCCGUCGCUGCUCGGCCAGCCCACGCCCCCCUCCUGCACCCCCUCCCCCGCCCACCGUCCGGCCGCCUCCUCCGCCAUCUCCGCCCAGCCCCUGCUCUUCCAGGCCGGGGCCUUCCCGCACCUCUCCCAGCACGCCGCACCCCUGUCCCAGCUGCACGGGCUAGGCGAGUCCCAGGCUUUGGGGCCUGUGGUGGCCCAGGACUACCUGCAGUCCCACAGGGUGGGGCUCCUCUCGGGCGGGGCAGCGGGGGCCAGCUUCCACCCGUACCCGGGCCUGGGGGCGGGGCUGCAGCCGGGGGGGCGGGGCCUGCAGGGGCCCCUGUCCGUGCAGGUGGCCCUCGCGUCAGAACCCCGCCACUGCCUGGGCGUGGCUUACGGCGGCUACCUGAGCUCCCACCACACCUUCGCCGCCGGCUGCUUCGACAGGUGACGCCAGGAGAGGGGCGGGGAGCUGAUCUCCGGGCGCCCCACCCCUCCCCCCUCCCCGGGGCCCGCGCCCCCCUCCCGCGGGCAGAGACACAGGAAGCGCAAACGCAAAUCCGCCGUCGCCGCCGCCGACCCCGCCGAGGUCAUCGUGCUGACGUGAUGCGCGCGAGCCGCCGGGCGCCGUAACUGCUCCCAUUGUGACAUCACUGUGACAUCACCCACUGUGACAUCACCCGCUGUGGAGGCUUUGACUGCGCUGCCUGUCUUUUUAACCAGAGAGAGGACUGUUUUUGGUGAGGACGUUCCCGCUGUGUUUUUGGUGAGGACGUUCCCGCUGUGUGUUUAAUCGCUGUGAAUGAGGAACACUGUAAGACGCGUUGAUGACGCGACGCCUGCGUGUUCGUUCUAGAGCUGCUUCUUUCAAAACUGGAGAAAUGAGAUUAAAAUGGGAAAAUAAAACGAGAAUAACGGGGUGCACAAACUGAGUUUAUCUCGAACUGCUCUGAGAACAGAGUCUGGGGUCAAAGGUCAGGGAAUCGGGGACGCUGUCCCUCUCCCUCAGCUCUCUGAUGUUCAGCCUGGAGAACCAUUCCCACAAUGCAGUGGGAGUCAGGGCUGGAAGGUGGGGGGGGAGGGGCUUCUCCUUGAAGUUUCAUUUCAUGGUGGGGUUUCAUCAAGAUUUCCAAGUGCUGUGAAAAAGCCUCCCAUAGAGGGCCAGUGGUCUCCUCAUCAAAGUCCCCCCCCCCGCAAGACCACCACAGAACCAAGCCCCCCCCUCCACCCCUGUACCCUGUUUGAAGUCCUCAAAUUCUCUGACUCACAAAGACAUUCCCAGUAGAGUGAGCUUCAAAGUCACUUCUAUUUAAGGCCUUAAGGACUGUAUUAGCUUUGUCUUCUUUUUUUUUUUUUUUUGUAAAUGUGUGAAUUUGUCUCCCUCUCCUCUCAAAGACUGAGGCGUGGGACGAACAGGUUGUUUUCAGGACGACCACGCGUCCGUUUGGUGCUUCCGUCGUUCCGCCAUGAUGCUGCUGCCCCAAGAAGAGCCUGGCGGGUUUCUCACCGAGAGACUCUUCCUCACUGAGAGGCUCUUCCUCACCGAGAGGCUCUUCCUCUCGUGCUGUUUACAUGAUCCGUGUUUUUAUCAGGGACUGUUGCUGAUUACUUGAAGACGAUGCCAUUGAAGCGUAACGUAGCUGUUUAUUUAUGGACCCUUCCUUCCUGUUACGCAUUCUUACGUGUUCUUUCCCUAGUUCGUAUUUUAUUUUAUCUUAUUUUUUGUGUGUAAGUAGCUCUGUCUGGGGAAAAAGACGGUGCUGUUGUGUUGCGGCUUCUGGCCUCUGGUGGCACAGCCGAUUCUGGCCUCCGGUCCAGGCUUCAGGACGGGCCUUGAUUCGCGUUUGAAUCGAAGCUCCGCCCUCUUCUCUCCGGAGAGGAAGGGAGCUCUAAAUCCGUUUCUGCAAAAGAGCUCGCACAGGAAGUGGGCUCCGCACGCUUCCUGUCUGCUGCUUGUGCUGAACGGUGCCCCCUCCCCCACCAGCCCCCCACCACAGCCACUGCCACCAUGUCCUCAGCGCCCUCUCUGCUCAAGCCCAGGGGUCAGGUGAUCCUCCGUUCACACGGUAACGGAUUUUCCGCUUCGCGUGAUUGGGCCAGGGAGGGGAGCUGAGCUGUGCUGAUAGGUGCAGGAGUUCUGUGCUGGUUAGGAAGGGGCGCUGGCGGCCUGGCGGGUUUGUAACGGACGGACGGGGGGGGGCUGUCAAGGUCGCGACCUCGGCCUGCAGUAACACUGACGCUGCUCUUUCCUGGGGUGGGGGAAUGGAUGGAUGGAUGGAGGGGCGGGGACCUGUGCACUGCUGCAUAUUUGAGACUCUGCCCAGUGCUGUAAGGACGGGGGGGGAGGGGGGGUCACAUCGCGUCCUCAGCGGCAGGGGCAGCGUUCCUUCCCGCUGCGAGGCGUAGCGUUUCCCCGCGGUGUUCGCUUGGCUGGCUGGGCCUCGCGGACUCGCUGAGGUGAGCAGGCCCCGGGCCCCGGACCCCGUCCCCUGUCCCGUCCCCGUCCCCCGUCCCGUCCCCUGUCCCGUCCUAAAUGCUCUGGAGCUUCCUGUCUGCUCUGCUGGCUCUCCUGGGUUGCCAGAUUGGGCCCUACUCUGCCACUGUUACUUGCUCUUUGGCCAGAUGUCCUAUGACGGCUGUAUUUUGUUAUGUUUUAACUGAGUUUUCGGACUGAUUUUUAGUUGUUGUUUUUUUAUUUUUAGGUUGUACAGUUUAUUUUAUAUGCCGAUGUUUCCUCCGCAUCUACUUUUUUUUUCUUUGAUGACUUUGUCUCGUCUGUACAGGUGAACACCUCUGUUCCCUUAAACCGCUGCCAGCACUACACAGGGCUUCCUGGCUGGAGUCUCAGGGUGCAAUAUGUUGGAUAAAUCUGUUACUGACUCACUUCAGUUACGUCUUCGCCACUAGUUUGUCUUUUGUAACUUAUUCUGGAUAAAUAUGAGGUUGUUUUUUCACUGUUUUUUUAAUUUUUAUACUGCAAACCCAGAGCAGGAGCAGAUAUUUUUUGUUUUUUGUUUAUUUGAUUUCACUGCUGGAAAGCGGUGAUUUUUAACCAUAGUGGAAAUGUUGCAUAUUGCAACCGGGGGAGACGUGCUCCCAAAACUCUCGCGGUCCCAGACUGGACACGCCGCCUCCCCUCGUACUCGUUCCGUGACUUUAGGGGGACGGAGAAGAGCAGGGAGGGAGAGAACGGAUAAAUGAGGGUCCCGUUCAUCCAGUGAGCCGCUCAAAUAAAGAUGAAUCAAAACCCCA